AUGCAUAGUCUGAGUCGUCCCACACGUCGCGUGGAAUGGGAAUUCAAUACCGUGUUUGUCAUGGACCGAGGGCUGGGAAAUGUGGAUUCUGAUUCUUGUUCGUCUUGUGGCUAUCCGUCCAGCUUGAGCUCGACGCGAUCAUCAAUCAAUUCCAACUUGGAUUCGCCCACUCCUACCAUGGUGCAAUCGCAGAAGUAUGCACGCAUGUUUUCCUACCCCACUCACUCGGCAGCCUCGCUCAUCUCUCCCAAUUCCACCUUCGUAUCGGCUCGAGCCAGUCCUACUAAAACGAUCCUUAGCGCUAGUCCUUCUGCUCCACCGGAAUCUGUACACGAGUCCUCCACAGAACGAGGGUGCAUUCGCCCCAAUUGUCAUUCCUACCCACGUCUUCAGGCUCUCGGAGGCCCCGUACGACGUUCUCCGGUGACAAAGUCCACGCCACUUACAUCGUGUCCACAGUUUUUCUCCUUACUGCGUCUUGCCCAGCCCAAAACCAUGGACCCAAACGUAGAAAAAGGGUCUUCAAUCCCUUCACUCGCUGACUCCUGUGAUCGUGCGUUGACGAAAUUCAUGUCAUUGUAUGCCAUUUUGUUACGUCCUUGUUCUGCCGCGAUCACCACGACUGCAACCGGCCCGAAUCGACCAAUUCCUGGUCCCUCCGGUUCUAGAUCCGCGGUUGUUGCCCCGCACCAAGCCCUACAUGUUUCAACCUCGUUUGCCUGCUCUUCACCUGUCGGUAGCACAGCAUCCACCCGUGGUCGUCCGGCCUUCCGCUUUCCGACGCAACGCAGAAGUCUUUUGGCUGGCUCGGGUUCUGCGUGCUGCACAAACAGUUCAGCUACCCACACAUGCACAUGUUCAGUUGAUCGCGGUAUUAUCAGUGCAGGACACUCCCCUGAACCCGACAGUCCAUUAUCUGCUGCCUCCGCUACUCAGACAAAUCAGUCACCUGCUGAGUUCUGCUUAAGUCAGUCCCAUGGUCAUGUUGCCGAAGACGUUAGUGUGUCACCAGACGUGUCCCUAGAUGAGCUUGCCAUUCGCUCCCACACUGGAGUUGCAAGAUCCAGCACCGACCAGAUCCACCAAAACAUACGCCCAUUGGACUCUUCCACCAUUCUUACUCCUUCUUCGGAAUUGCCACCAAUGAGACGUCAACUUACAACCCGAAAUACUUCCGGACCAGUCACGGUAGCACAAAACACACCUACCAGUUGCGCUAACUGUGGACUUCAUAUUGAUCAACCUCGUGAUUCGCCUACGGUGGAUAAGCGUCAUAUUGGCCUCAGAUUGCGUCCCGAGAAUAAGCAUCGCUGUUCCUCGCGAGAGAAUAUGCACGGAUUCCAAACGCAGUCUCUUACGGUUACUACCACACAGUCCGUGCACUCACCUUCCUGUGCCGCCCCGGUCGCAUUGUGCUCCGUAAGUCCAUCUUCUCCCGGAGCCGGUUCACAAACGCGUCAAAGUAUGGGCAAGCCUGUUUCGACUCUGGGUCAAGAAGCUGCAUCAGCAAGUCGUUCGUCCUCAGUGCGCUCAUCUACCGAACAACCUGUACCGUCGUCAUGUCCUGUCGGGCACAAGCUUCGUCCGAUUGAGGGCAGCUUGAACUUUCAGCGGUGCGCCACUGAUGCCACAUUGGUUGCGGAUGUUAGCGAUCGUUCACCCAUCCCACGAGUCCCAUCACCUCUCUGUUCCGGUCCGACUGUUCCACCUACCCCAUUGUUGCCCAUCUCGCCAUGUCCACUAGGUAGAGCUAAACCCGGAAUGGAUUCAGUAUCAUGCAUCGGAACCUUUUCCACCACUGUUCCAGGUUCGAAAACACGGUCGCGCAGUUUAAGCUGUUUGAUACACAAUACCCUCCCCGUCCCGACCGCCCACGCAAACACCGUCGAGAAAAUUAUCGAUUCUAUCAAUCUUGAUUCCAAUGUACUUGAUAAGCGUAAAGUGAUGUAUUAG